AUGCUCAUACAACAACAAAUUCAUACAUGGAAGAAGAACAGCGACCCCAAUGAUGGAGUUAGUAAUAUCAAAAAAAAAGGAAAAAGAAAACAACGUAACGACUCAUACACGAUUCCAACGAUGACAGUAACUUCAAUAGCGAUUCCAACGACGAAAUCAUACCUGGAAGAAGGAAUAGUAUAG